AUGCCAGCCUAAAAAAGAGAUUAUAAGAUAGUUCAGAAGAGUUAAAGAGAAGCUUUGAUCUUCUUAGUUUUUAAGUAAGGCUAGAAAAUCAAGGAAGCUUCAAAUAACCUUGAGAUUAAAUAUGCAGUGGCCAAGACAAUUGUUAUUGCUUAUAGAAAAAGAGUUAUUCUAGAGAAGAGAUAAAUAUUGUCAACCAAAAGUUGUAAGUUUAAACUGAGGGAAAAUCAAAAAUCGGUCCAUCAAAUAAUAACUAAAAUCGGAGGAGAAUGUGUUAAUGACACUUAAAAGAUGAUUUGA